CACUCGCCUAAAUAUCAUCUCGACGAGAGCGUCGUAAAUUGAUAGAUUCGCGAAAGCUAUGCAUCUUCAAUGCGCGUUUCUACCGAAGGAUUUUCCCAAGGGUCUCGCACGUACAUAGAAAAGCGUACAUGCGAACGGAGCUUGAUAUCGUCGGGCCGAAUGGACGAUCGACAAUUGACAUUCGCGGGACGCGCGACGCGAAAUUGACGCCGGGGACGAUUAUCUCGCGCUAUCUCGGUUCGAACAUUUCGAGCGACCGGCACGCGCGCGGCCUCGUCCAAAUCCGGCGCGACGAGCGGGGCGUUGGAGGGGCGAGGGAGGGACGUCGUAUCCGUAGACGACGCUGGCAGCACCGGCAGGCGCGCCGCGCGCCUCCUCGCAGCCCUCGCUCGCGCUAGUCUGCCAGUUUUGCGUCGAGACGGCUCGGGGCCGCGUCGUGUUCGAGGACGGAUCGCAGAACUGAUUCGAGUGCGCGAGAACGCCGUCGAGGACGGCUGGUCGGCCCAUCGAGUGGCAGCGAGGGAGAAGAGGCGAAGAGGUCGCGACACGCCGGUGACAAGUGCCGGGAGCCAGGCAGCAGGGACAACGCGGCAUGCCGUGUACUCGCGGCGCGUCAUCAUCGCGGCGGUUCGACUCCACCACCCGCGCGAGCAGCCUCGAGGAACGCGAUAGAGAAGGCUGGACGACGCCGACGCUGCUGCUGCGUGUUCGGUCAACGGCGGCGUGGUGAAAAGCGAGACAAAGAGUGCAGGUGCGAGAGAGAGAAGGAUAGAGCGAAAGCGAGAGAGAGAGAGAGAGGUGAGAGUUGACGAGAGAUCGACGCAGCGCGCUCUCUCUCGCGGGCGAGCGCCCCGCUCGCCGCUUCUCAGCUACGGGUAGUGCGUACCGAGCUACCGAGGUGUUUCGAAGCGCGGCAGCGGCGGCCCAGGAUGCUGCCCGACGUAGCAAGAAGAUGGCCGUGAUCGGCGAACGCAGGUAUCACGCGGCGGUCCGUGCGAGCGCGUACACGGAGUUGUUCUCGUGCCACAGGGUCGAGAGUCAGGCCGAGGCAGCGGUAACGUCGCCGUUGCCGUCCCCCUCGUCCUCGUCGUCGUCGUCGUCGUCGUCCUCGGCGCUGGCGCGCCGUCGACGGCACAGGAAGAAAGGCGCAGCGGGCCACUCGCCGCCGCCGCCGCCGUCGCCGUCGCCGCUGCCCCCGCCCCCGCCGCCGCCUCCGCCGCACCAGCAGCUCGCGAUGACGUCCUCGCGCGGAAGCGGCCUAGAGUCCGGCGAGUUCAGCGAUCCCGACGACGAUUACCUGGACACGGAUCCGCUCCGGUACGAGCUGCGCAACAUACAGAGCAUCAUUCAUGUCACGCGGCAGAAUAUCGAUACUCUGAACAAUCGCUUCGCCGGCUUGCAGCAUCCGCCUUCGAUUUAUCUGAACGAGUACCAGGAGCUGACGAGCAAGUUGCACAAGCUCGAGUCUGAGGAGCAGAAACUUAACGAGCUGCUGAAUGCCAGGAGAAUCCCCAGUAGCGUUUCCAUAUCGGAAAGUGACAACAGUGCGGCCAGGGGCCCGAGAACGCCGGUAAAAUCCUUUAAUACUCUGAGAGCGUACCUACCUAAUCAGCAACGUACCAGUGUGCAAGUGCGAGAGGGGCUCUCCUUGAGGGAUGCGCUGGCCAAAGCGAUGAAGCUUCGAAAUCUCACUACUGAGAUGUGCGCGGUCUAUGUCAUGGGCAUGGAUAGCUCCAAGUACUUGAUAGGUUGGAACGUGGACAUCUCGUCGUUGGAAUGCGACGAGAUAUUGGUGGAGAUUUUGGAUAAGUUUCCCAUAACCACUUCCAUUUCGCACAAUUUUGUGCGUAAGACAUUUUUCUCCCUAGCUUUUUGCGAAUGCUGCAGGAAGCUGCUCUUUCAAGGAUUUUAUUGCAGAACAUGUAAUUACAGAUUUCAUCAGAGAUGCGCGGGUGGAGUGCCUGCCCUGUGUCAUCAGGUACGCAUGCAGGAUGCUUACUAUCAAGCGUUACUCGCGCAUAAUCCAGAGACCACCGCUGGAAUCUUGCAACUUCCCUCUGGUUACGGAUUGAGUAGAAGUAUGUCUCCCUCUUUGGCUCCGUCGAGAAAUCAGAGGCAUCCACGUUCCUUGGGUCAGCAAGACCGCUCUAGCUCGGCACCUAACGUCUGCUUCAAUAUGGUAAAACCAGGUGGUGAACCUAUUAACCUAGAUGAAUAUAGCAGAUCUCAAAGUUUAAGCAGACCUGUCGGUACUACUCAAAGUCCUGUGUCACCUGGCAGCAGUCCAACGAAGCAUAGUCAGUCCACGCAGGCUAGUCCCACGAGUACUUUAAGGCCAAAACGACCAAGAGCAAAAUCAGCUGAUGAAUCUUCGAAGAAUCUCUUAGCGCCAAGGGAGUCUAUCGAAGAUUGGGAAAUUCCAGCGGAGGAGAUUCUAGUAGGACCACGUAUCGGAUCAGGAUCAUUUGGAACUGUAUACAAGGCUCAUUGGCAUGGACCUGUCGCAGUGAAAACACUCAAUGUUAAAAUUCCUACGUCUGCACAGUUACAAGCAUUCAAAAAUGAAGUGGCUGUUUUACGUAAAACUCGACAUGUGAAUAUCUUGCUGUUUAUGGGCUGUGUCAGUAAACCACAGCUUGCGAUUGUUACACAGUGGUGCGAAGGCUCAUCUCUGUAUAAACACUUGCACGUAUUUGAGUCCAAGUUUGAACUGUUGACAUUGAUAGAGAUUGGGAGGCAAACUGCGCAAGGCAUGGACUAUUUGCACGCAAAGAACAUUAUUCAUCGAGACUUGAAGAGCAACAAUAUAUUUCUACACGACGAUCUCACUGUUAAAAUCGGUGAUUUUGGUCUGGCAACGGCAAAAACUCGAUGGUCUGGUUCUCAACAGUUUCACCAGCCGACUGGCUCCAUUCUGUGGAUGGCACCGGAGGUGAUCAGAAUGCAAGAAGAAAAUCCGUAUAGUUUUCAGUCUGACGUUUAUGCGUUUGGUGUAGUGUUGUUCGAGUUACUAGCUGGUCAAUUACCAUACUCGCAUAUAAACAACAAAGAUCAGAUAUUGUUUAUGGUAGGACGUGGCUAUUUGCGUCCCGACUUAGAUAAAUUGCGCUCUGAUACGCCGAAAGCACUCAAGAGAUUGACGGAGGACUGUAUUAAAUUUUCGCGAGAUGAGCGGCCAAUAUUUCGUCAAAUCCUGGUCAGUUUAGAGGGUCUUCUACGUGGUUUACCGAAAAUAACAAGAUCGGCUUCCGAACCAAAUCUCAACAGAACGCAGCUGCAGUCCGAUGAUUUUCUUUACACCUGUGCUUCACCAAAAACUCCGGUGAACUUUCAAUUUGGAGCAUUUCCCUUUUACCCUUCUGGUGGGAAUAUAUAAAUGUAUCGGCUGACACGCAUUAUAAGUCUGAUGCACUUUGCAUAAAGGAAAUAUUUAAAAUAUUGAGCAUAACGAGAUAUAAGCUUAAUUCUAUGAACAAAUUACAUAAUUCUUUCACACUUUACUUUUAUUGUAUUGCAAAUGUUUGCUCGAUGUGGAAUGUGAUAACAUUCUCUUUGAUAUAAGACAAAGGUCAGGAAAAAU